AAGAACAACUUUUUUUCAAGUUCACACUUUUUAACAAAAUAAUUAUGUGUUAUUACCUCAUGCCUUUUAUAGGCAUCUAGGCUUAAUAAGUGAACGUUUGAAAUUACUGCUGAGUAUGUUUUGGUAAUGAUGCUAAGAGCCAGUUUUGUCCAACCUCUUCGAAUUACGUUUGUGUUUUCCCCACCAACACACCAUCAAUUUUUCCAGCCAAACCCCACGCUUUGGUGUAUAUGUCUAGUUACUUCCUCUUCCUCCCGCAUGAGGGCUUUGACAUUGAAAAAGCAGCGUUUCAAACGCAGGUUUCUCACAUCCUUUUUAUCAGCGCUGAGAUCAACAUGGAAGCAGAGACUGUACGUCAUCCGAGCACUGAAAAAGCUCAAUCGGAGGCCACCCAAUGCAAUAAAAAGAUGUUGAAAUGCAUGAGAUUCAGCCUGUCCAUGGAAGACACUGAGUUGGGUGCGCUUCAGGAACCAGAGCAUCCACAGCCAGAGCAGAAAGAGAAGGACAUGGAGGACAACUGUUUCGUGGAUGACGAUGUGCUUCGUUCCCUGGCAAACAUGAGCUUGAAUCUGAUGGUUGAUCAAGACUUUGAUGCUGACAACCCUUUCUGCAACGGUGAUUGGCAGCUUAAUGAAGGCAAGAUCGUGGCCGAGACAGCUGACAUUGCCUACAUUUCUGCACAAAUUUGGAAAGUAAUUAAAGAGCAAAACAAUUUGUUCCUGAAGACACUCAAAGGAUGCAAUUAUGUUGCAUCAAAACAGAACGAGAUAUGUUUGGAAAAAACCAUGUCAGCAAAAAUCACCAUCUUUCAUGGCACCUUCCUUGGCAUGGUCACCAGUGACAGAGACUCAGGUGUUCCUGUUGUGCUGAACUUCACAGGCACAGACAACUUCCUCUGCUGCACCGGCCAAGGAGAAGACAAGAUAUUAACAAUCAAAGCGUAUGACAGAACAAAUAUACACAUUUCUGCAGAUGACCCAGAAAAAUCAUCCCUUAUUUUCUACAUGGCUCAAAAGUGUGAUGGUCUCCGGUAUUUUGAGUCAGCGCUCCACAGAGGAUGGUUCAUUCACACUGUAAAUGAUGUUGUUGUGAAAAUGAAAAGAGGCAAUAAUACAUCCAGCAGUUGCUUUGUCUUAGAGUGAGACCACAG